GAAGGCAGAAGGAUCCUUCAGUACCCCAAAUAGCUCUCCAAUUUCAGAGACGAAGAUCAAAUUGCAAAUCAGAAGUCCGAAUUCAAACACAAUACCUAGAAAUCUCAUUGAAUCUGAUCGUCAAUGGCGAGAUAUGACAGAGCUAUAACGGUGUUCUCUCCAGACGGCCAUCUCUUCCAAGUUGAAUACGCCCUUGAAGCCGUCCGUAAGGGUAACGCCGCCGUUGGUGUUCGUGGCACCGAUACCAUUGUAUUAGGCGUCGAGAAGAAGUCCACUGUCAAGCUUCAGGACUCCAGAUCAGUUAGGAAGAUUGUAAGCCUGGAUGAUCACAUUGCACUGGCUUGCGCUGGACUAAAAGCAGACGCCCGUGUUCUUAUAAACAGGGCGCGGAUUGAGUGCCAGAGUCAUAGACUUACUGUUGAGGAUCCGGUGACUGUAGAGUAUAUCACACGAUACAUUGCAGGUCUUCAACAGAAAUACACACAAAGUGGUGGUGUUAGGCCAUUUGGGCUUUCAACUUUAAUUGUAGGGUUUGAUCCUUAUACUGGUGUUCCAUCACUAUAUCAGACAGAUCCUUCAGGCACAUUCUCUGCUUGGAAAGCUAAUGCCACCGGUAGAAACUCCAAUUCCAUGAGGGAAUUUUUGGAAAAGAACUACAAAGAAACCUCUGGACAAGAAACUAUCAAACUUGCCAUUCGUGCUUUGCUUGAAGUCGUUGAGAGUGGGGGAAAGAACAUUGAAGUUGCUGUGAUGACAAAGGAGGGACUCCGGCAACUUGAGGAAGCCGAGAUCGAUGCCAUUGUUGCAGAGAUUGAAGCAGAGAAAGCUGCUGCAGAGGCUGCAAAGAAAGCUCCUGCUUCUAAACAAACAUAAUGUUAUGUUGUCGCCCCCAAAUAAUAUUUUUUUUCUCCAGUUGGACCUUUUUUGAUGUGGCUUAAUGUCCUGGUUAAAGUUCAUGUAGUGGAAAUCCUUAUCUUUUCUAAAUUCGAAUUCAGACGUUGUAGAAGCCCUUUACGAUGACUCUAAGCCAUUUGUAGUCUGUUAUGCUUAAA